CCUUGCGCUACGCGCAAGCUCGCCAUGUCGCUUGAUCAACUGUAUCCUCCUCAUUGUUAGUAUGAAGAGAUUGCUCAAAACAGUCACAUCGUGAUUCGAUCGGUUCAAAUAAAUUUAAUACACGCGAUUCAAAAUAGUACUAGUUUGCAUACUGUUGUUACAAAGUGUAAUUUGUUAACAAUUUUCAUAAAUAUAGAUGCUGUAAACGGAACUAAGUAUGGCAUUAAGGAAUAUUUCAUUAAAUAUCAAACUAAUAUUUAUUGUGAUUACAUUUUUCUCUAUUCCACAAUUUGUAAAAAGUGACACUGAAGUUAAUCUCCAUUUGCUGAGUUAUGCUGGUUUAGUACCAAUGCAUUAUGAUGUCAACAUAGAACUUGACAUUAAUAGAAAUAUCUUGCACGGUGAAUGCAAUAUUACCAUCAAUAUUACACGUCCAAUGAUGAAUAUAAGUAUACCUUCAAUAAAUUUCGGGAUAUAUAAAAUUGACUUCACUAGCAAUGAUGGCAAUAGGAUGAUACACGUACCAAGAUAUUCAUUUAUUAAUGAAACGCACAUUUAUAUUGACUUCACCAAACUAUCUGUAAAUAUUUUACUUCCUGGAACAUAUAUCUUACACAUGAUAUAUUUCCGCAACAUAUUUGAUGAAAUUUUUUUCGGAUACAAAGAAGACACAGGUAAAAAAGUAUUAACAGAAACUGGUGUUGAGAUAAUAAGAGCCCAACAAAUAUUUCCAUGUUGGGACAAACCAGCGUUCGAGAGCACCCUUAACAUUUCUAUUAUGCAUAACAAAUGGUUUACAGCCCUAUCGAAUAUGUUGAUAAAUAGAGAAGAAUAUAUAGAUGAAAGUAACAUGAUAUGGACACAUUUUCACAAGUCGCCUUUUAUGCCCAUUCAAAGUUUAACGAUUGUGAUAACCACAUUUACUAAUAUUUUUCUCCAAUCGCAAACUUUGCCUGCUCGUGUCACAAUUUGGUGUAGAAAAAACAUGACACACAAUAUAGGAUUUACACACCAUGUCGGAUUUGCACAACUCAUCACUGAAGAGAUAUUCCAUUUUUUGAAUGAAAGAAGUCAGAUGAAAAUACCAAAAAUAGAUUACAUUGCAAUUUGGGAUACGCAUCAUAGGAACAUUGAGACAUGGGGACUCAUUUUACACAGAGAAGAAGAUAUUACUUACAUUAAACAAUUACAUUCCAUUGCACGCAAAAUAGAAGUGGCUAACUUACUAACACGUCAAGUUAUAUCUCUUUGGAACGAUUAUUUGUCUUGGCCAAUAGAAGGUUUUACUACAUACUUUGCAGCAUAUAUCUUGAGAAAGAUUCCGUCGAUAUCUUACAUUCAUGAUUUAUUUGUUGUCCAAGUACUACAAGAGUCUCUUCGCUUUGAUAAUCCUUCUUAUAACUAUAAUUCUACAUUGCACAACAAUAAUGGCUUAGACUUUAAAAUGAAUAAGACUUUUCUUAAUUACAUCAAACCACCCGUUUUAUGGUAUAUAUUGCAACAUAUCCUAGAAGAAAACAUGUGGUAUAGUAUCCGCGCGUAUGCUGAUAGAUAUAAUCAGACAAAUGCGGUAAAAACCGAUAAUUUAUGGCACAUAAUUCAAAUUUAUUUAAAUCAUACUAAGAUUUCUGAUCAAAUAUCUUUUACUGUAAAAAAAUAUAUAGAUAUUUGGAUAAAAAACAAUUAUUAUCCUGUACUGUAUGUGACAUUAAACGCAACAUAUCAUACGAUAUCAAUCUCAUAUCUCAGUUCUCAAUAUAUCGACAAAGACAUAGAACAACUUCCCGCAUUUGUAACAUUUUCGAUUAUACAAAGAAAAGUUGGUAAUUCUAUUGGCGUACAAGUUUUGCUAUCACCGCAAUAUAGUACAAUUAUAAAUGUUGAAAAUGUAUUUAAUGUGGUUGAUGAAAAUUAUUGCCUUAUAGUCAAUGUGAAACAAACAGGAUAUUAUCGUGUUAAUUAUAAUUCUGAGGGCUGGCUUAGACUUGCGCAGUGCUUGAGAAAAAAUUAUACAGUACAUGUUCUCAAUCAAGCCCAAGUCAUAGAUGAUGCGUUUUACUUUCUCAUACAUCGCCGACUCAGUUUAAAGAUGUUUUGGAAUAUCGUAAGCUUUCUGUCAGAAAAUACGAAUUACGUAGCAUGGUAUCCCAUGAUUAAAGCUUUUGAAUACAUGGCUUGUGCCUAUUCAUUUGAUCAUGCUCCACCCAUAACGGAAAAUAUGAAAAAAAUAUUGAAUGGAGUUUUGCAAAUAAUAGGAUAUGAUGAAAAACCGAACGAAAGCGAUCUUACUAAAUGUUUAAGAGAGGAAGCCGCAAAAUGGGCAUGUAUUAUCGAUGCUGCUCAAUGCAGGGAAACAGCCACUUUACAACUGAUAAAAGAUCUUGAAAAUCCUGUACAAGACAAUCGGUUGACAUGGAUAGAAUGGAAAUAUUGUAAUGGUUUAAUGUUAGCAAACUACACCGUUUGGAACUAUGUACGGGAAAAAUGGACGACAACAUCUGAUAACAGAAUUUUAGAUUACUUAACUUGCUGUAAAGAUCCUUUCAUUAUUACCUCUUAUUUAAAUCAAACAUUAAGAUUAACUGGAGAGUAUAAAUAUUUUAUUCAAGAACAAGAACUAAGUGUUAAUAUAGUUCUUCUUACUGUCGCUAAGCAUGUAAGGAACUGGACAGUGUUUUAUUUCAUAUUGGAAUUAAGUUUAAGAACCAGACAAUUCGUAUUAAGUAAAAAUUGGGAUGUUGAUAUAGUUGCAAUAUUAAUUAUCAGUAUUACACAUGUGCAUUCCAGAGACCAAUUACAAGAUGUACAUAUCUUUGCGACAACUUAUCUGAAAGAAAAGAGGUUAAUCGAUGCUGUUAAACAUAAAAUUAAGAAAAGAAAUUUGGAUCUCGCAAGGCGAAUCACAAACUAUGGAUCGCUCAGUUAACGUGACAACAACUGAUCUCUUUCAACAACAAAGUAAAAGGAGUCUGUGUUCAAUCAGUCCAAAGUUUGCAUGAAACUAUGAUUUAUUCAUGGCCGUUAUACGAGCCAUUAUUGGUUCAACACUGCAUGCCAUUUCUGGCACUUAACACUAUUAAAAUGUUGUUACUAUUAUUCCGACUGGCAAACUUUGUAUCGCUAAUAGAGGCAUGAUAUAUUACUUAGAACUAAUAUACAUGUAUUUUAUAUUAGUUAGUUAGUUAAUACUGGUUCUUUACUGUUAUCAAGUAUCGCAAAUCCAGCUGCCAACAUUGGGCUAAUAUUACGCGUAUUGUAAGCUUGAAAAUACAAAAAUAAAUAGCCAAACAAUUGAAUUUGUAAAAGACAAAGCAUAUAGCAAUGUAUAUAGUAUAUACCAAAGUUAUAGCAAUGUAGAAAGUAAUGGAAUAAAUAAAAGAAAAUAAAAAUUAUUAAUACUUUGAAAAAGCAAUGUUAUGCACACAACAAAAUGGACAUUUACAAAUUAAAUCAUAAAGCAGAAUGAUUUAGUUAAAUAUUAAUCUC